CAUCCCUCUCAGUCUUCCACUUCACAUCAGUCGCUAAGACAAAAGGUUCUGUUUCAUUUGAUCAAACACGGCUCAUUCAGCCAAUCAAUCAACCUCUCGCUUCUGCAGAAUCUUUUCUUUUUUAGAGUCAUCAGCUAUUUUCAUCCGAAUCCUCACUCAUCCCAACUCCACGCGAAGCUCACCAGAGACAUACCCUCAGAAAACCGUCUUGAGAAUGUUUUCGGCACGAUCAAUUCUCAUCCUCUCCGCGAUGCUUGCUUCAGGUUUUCUCUCUAUGCCAUUGGCCGCCGAAGAAGGCCGAAAUGCGUCAGUAUUCAUUUCAUUUCAAGUCAAGUUGCAACAGAAUUUGGAGUUUAGUGCGCUGAUCAAACAACAUUUCUUCAAACUGCUGAAUGUCUCAAACCAAAAAUACUCAGCCAUGCGCCGAUCCUAGCUCGCAUGGAGCACCCGACCCACCCGGAAGCGGAUCUUUCCCCACGCUCUUCUUUAGGACAAAGGAAUCCUACUUACGGAGGAGAAUACGGUGGCGGUGGCUACGGCGGAGGAGCCGGAGGUGGAGGUGGUUCAGGAGGCGGUGAUGGUGGCGGUUUCGGCGGAGGAAGUGGGGGAGGAGCUGGAACCGGAUAUGGAGGUGGAGCAGGAGGAGGAGGAGGUGGUGGUGGUGGUGGAUAUGGAGGUGGAGGCGGAUAUGGAGGUGGAGAUGGAGGAUAUGAAGGUGCAGGUGGAAUGGGAGGCGGCGGUGGCGCGGGAGGAGGCUACGGAGGGGGCUCGGGGUCGGGAGCUGGCUAUGGAAAUGGGGCCGGCGGUUAUGGAGGGGGAGGAGGAGGUGGUGGUGGCGGCGGCGGCGGCGGCGGUGGUGGUAACUUCAUGUGAUCUUAUGUGGGGCAUCUCAGCUCAACUCUACUCAGCUCUGGGCACUCUGUAAAACCUUCCUUGUAGACUGUCAUCCUUCAAAACAUGAAAUCAUUUUGCUGAACAUUCUGGCCAUCCAGUCGC